AUGGUAGAACUUGAUAACAAAUCCACAGUUUGUGUAGUAGUAGCUAGUGAAGGUUAUCCAAAUGAUUAUAAGAAAGGAGAAAUCAUAAAAGGAUUAGAUAAGAUUGAAAGUAUUCCUGAUAUUUCACUAUUUCACGCUGGAACUAAGUUGGAUGAAAAUGGUAAUUGGAUUUCGGAUGGAGGUAGGGUGUUGAAUAUAGUUGCAGAGGGAGACACAGUAGAAGAAGCAAAAAGUAAAGUGUAUUCAGCCCUAAAUUUUUUAGAGUGGCCAGGGGGAGUUUUUAGGUAUGACAUUGGGUUGUCUGAAAAAUAGUGAUUGAAGGAUGAUACUGUACAAAGGAACAAAAUAUCACUAUGAAAGCAGCUACAGAGUAGGUUGCAGAUCAUUUGCCAUUGUUGUUAAUCAAAAGUUACAGAGCUUUUAUGAGUGACAUUCGAUUGGAAAAUAUGGAUAUAAUCACAAGUAUGGAAAAUAAUAUGUAUCAUAAACUACAGUAUAUUCCAUCUAAAAUUAAUACUAUGUAUGUAGACACGAUAGGAGAUACACUUGUUGUAAAUUCUGGAUUACCUUCUGACACCUUUAAUACUGCUUAUGGUGGUAAGAUUAGCCAGCAGCGAGCUGAACAAGUUAUGGAGUAUUAUUUAAGCCGUAAGAUGCCUAUGGUUUGGUGGAUAGGCCCUUCUUCUGCUCAUGAUGAAAAUAUUGAAGGUGAUAUAGAAUCAGCUGGAUUUGUCUAUGAUGAGUUUGAUGUGGGAAUGUAUUGUGAUUUAAAUUCAACAAAUCUAGGUAAAUAUGCACAUCCUGAGGACUUAAAAAUUAUACAAUGUAACAACACUCAAAACUUUUUAGAUUUUGGGGAUGUUUUAGCAUCAAUAUUCAAUCCCACAGAUGAACAUGUGAAAAUGUUUUAUAGCAAAAUUCAGGAUAUACCUCAAAGUGCUAGAAAGGACCUGGUACUGUUUGUUGGUUAUGUAAAUGGUAGACCAGUUUCUACUUCUGGACUUUUUGUAACAGAUGUUGCUGGAAUUUAUGAUGUUUCUACUAGGCCGGAAGAAAGGGAAAGGGGAUAUGGUUCAGCCAUGUUUUAUGCUACUAUGAUAUACGCUAAAAGUAAAGGAUUAAGAACUGGUGUAUUACAGGCUACGCCUGAUGGGAUAAAUAUAUACAAAAGGUUCGGAUAUCAAGAAAUUUGUGAAUUUCACGCAUGGAGUAAUAAGAAAGUUAGAAUCAGUAUCUAA